CACAAUUGUUCACCCCUCGACUGAGAUUUGUACAGCUUUGUGCUAAAUUUGAUAACAAUUGAACUGUUUGAUAACAACAAUUUCUAAUUGGUGUAACCAUUAAACGAGAUGUAGCUGAGAUUAUAGUAACUAACCUGACAGCUGCAUUUAUGUCAACGCCCAGCGAGUUAUGCAUUUCGUAAUUUAAGUUUACAAGUGUUGUUGAUAGUACAAAACAAGGGUCGUAAUGGCGCACCCACAUUUACGGGAAGCGGCCGAGUCUCUUCUCAGCAGUGUUAGUCCGCAUCAUAGGACGCUCACACACUCAACAUCUCUGAACCUAGUAUCAGAUGACCUGGUGGCCGGACACAGGCCACAAGGCAAGAUGUCUACAGUGCGGCGCUUCUUCUGUCUGUUUGUCACGUUCGACUUGCUGUUCACCAGCCUCAUGUGGCUUAUUUGUGUUAUGAUGCGAGGAGAAACACUACAACAAAUAAUGAACACAGAGAUAGUGGAGUACAACGUGAAGGUAUCCCUGUUCGAUAUAGUGAUGGUGGCUGUGUGUCGGUUUGUCGUGUUACUGCUCUUCUACGCCGUGCUCUAUAUCAAUAACUGGAGUAUUAUUGCUCUAUCAACAGGGUGUACGUGUGCUCUAUUAAUAGCUAAAGUUUUUGUAUUUGACUGGCCGAAUGCCGUACAGCCAGUAUACGAGGUGUUCCUCAUUCUGACGUCGUUCACGUUAGCGUGGGGGGAGGCCUGGUUCCUCGACUUCCGGGUGCUACCUCAGGAGUUGCAGGCCAAACAGAUAUUAGAGUCUAUAGUCCACCACGGUGCCUCCGAACGCACCCCACUGCUGCCCCCCACGGCGGGUCACUCGCAGUACGCGGAGUCCACCGUCAAGUGGUUCUCCCCCGUCGAGACCCCCGAGUCCAGUCCCCGCCCUCGCCGGCCCGGGGAACAAGUUAUAUUGACGCAGGAACAGAUAGACGAGUACAAAGCUCAAGCCGAGGAGAGCAUGCACAAUGCGUUCCGUAUCGUGAACUUGCCAAACUGGAACGUCGAGAAGAAAGGCUCGAAAGGAGACGUCGUGGAAUCCAAGAAGACUGAACAGUUUGGCAAGGUUUAUAGGUUUACUGGUGUAGUAGAAGCCCCUCCACAGUUCUUAUACAAGGAGUUCAGAGAUAAUCUCACUAAACUGCCAGAGUGGAACCCCACCAUAUUGAAGAGUGAGCUUAUAAAGGAAGUAGGUCCCGGGGUAGACCUCUCCUACCAAGUUACCGCUGGUGGUGGACGAGGUAUCAUAGCGCCCAGAGACUUCGUGAUCCUCCGUCGCACGGCACCCUUGUCCAAAGAGGGGCAGGUGGUGUCUUCCGACCCUGACAGCUACAUCAGCAGCGGCGUCAGUGUCACCGUGCCGGGGUACCCACCUCAUAGGGAUAUGGUCAGAGGUCAAAACAAGGUCGGCUGCUGGUUCCUCAAGCCGCGAACGGUACAGACUUCGGGCGGCAAGAUUGAGACGCACACCACCUUCCAAUGGCUUAUGUGCUGUGAUCUUAAAGGUAAAAUCCCCCAAUUCGUGCUCGACGCAGCCUUCGCAACUGUGAUGUUGGACUACAUAGUACAUGUCAGGAAAUUCGCAGCCGACGCUAAACAACAGGGCAAAUUCUAAACAACCACACACUAUGCAAUUUGUAUUCAGAAACCAUUCACUAUGGCGGUCUUAUAAAGUACAGAUUACAGAAACCGUUGAUACCGCUGGCAGUGAUAAGAAACUAAAGUGGGUUUAGUGUUUGGUUGGCGCAACCAUCUACUAUAAAGUUAAGAUUAAGCAACCAGUAUCUCAGGUCAACUAGGAACUUCAGAUUACAUAAUCACGUGGUCCCAAGUUUUUUAGGCUAAAAUAUAAAUAAAUACAGUUAACCAAAAAUUGUACAGCUAAAACUAGAUUAAAAGCAACCAUUUAUUACAAAUACUCUAGAAUACCAAAGUUGCAGAAUCAACCAGAAUGUGAUGACAAUUGUGGUCUAAAUACCAUCAACUUUGAGAUUUAUAUAGCGUAACCAUUCACUAUAGUUAUUUUUAGCAAAAACAACCAUUCGCUAUGGUGCUAUAUGUCAACUUCAAUGACAAUUGUGAACCAAACAACCUUUUACUUUAUAGUUACUCUGAGCAACCAUUUGCUAUAAGAUUAUUUUGAGCAACUACAUAAUAAAAUAUAUUGCCUCAAAUAAUCUGUAGCUUGACAAAAAACACUCGUGGUUUCUUUAAAUCAAAAUUUUUAAUGACGUUGGUUACAUAAACCAGAUGACUAGUAACCAUUGAGUGUACACCUAAACCAAAAACUUCAGUAAUAUUUGUUUUUAAACACAUUCAAAGUAUAAUAAGAGCAAUUUAUUUUCUAACGAGAUCUAGACUAAGAUACUAUGUGCUUCAAUUUCAAAAAUAUUGUAAAAAAUCGUUUUUUAAAACAUUUUUUUAUUAAAAAAAAAUGGUCUAUAAUUUCCAACGCUAACUACUCCUUUCGUUCUUAGAUUAUAAUAAUUAUAGAUAGUCCAAUGUUUAUAGCAAUAUUUUAAUGACAUUAAAAUAUCAUUUAAUUACGAAACUAACAGAAAUACAAAUCAUGCAUUUACAUUAGUUUAUAUCCAAAAGUACAUAAACAAACUUUGUUUAAAGACAGAUUGUGACGAAAUAAGUAUUUGAUAUUCAUUUAUGAAAAAGUUUUCAUAAAGGUACGUUUUUAAUGCCAACCGCCGACCGCACAUGCAGUAGUCGGCAGUUAGUAUUCAAAACGUACCCUAAUGGUUAAAUAUUGUUAAGCUUGAUUAUCGAGUCGAAAAAUCUUCCUUUCAUCCAUAACAUGACAGUUAAAGAACGAAUGAGUGAAUGAUUUCAUUCAAUCUUGGUAUUAUUAGCGUAAUGCCAGUUCAGUCAUAAUUGUGAAAAAAACAUUGUUAUUUAAGAAUAUUUCUAGUAAUAAUAGCGUUUGUUACAUAACAAUGUAUAAGUAUGUAUAUAAAAUCAGAAAAAAUGUAAUAUAUGUGUGUAUAGGUUAACUUUGACUGCAAUUGGUAACCUCAUUAUUGUUGUUAGUAAUUUAUCAAAAAGGUCUUCUUUUGAACGAAGCAAAGAACGAAUGAAUGACAAUCAAAGAGUGAAUGAUACCCAUACUGAGUGAAUGAUCUGAGCCUUUUUAUACUGAUGUGUAUAAAUUGUAUGCAUUUUUAUAUGAAAUAAAUAAAAUUAGGAAAAUUAA